AUGCUUCCCACAUUAAAACGUUUCAUGUCAUCCUCAACUCACCAGAUUCCCAAACAGUUUAAAUCACUCAUUUACUCAGCUCACGAAGUUGAGGAUUGUUCUAAAGUUUUGUCAGUGAAAAAUUAUACUCCUAAACAAAACCUGUCUCAAUCAAUUGUGUUGAAAACUUUGGCUUUUCCCAUAAAUCCUUCGGAUAUCAACCAACUACAAGGUGUAUAUCCGUCUCGUCCGGAGAAGACAUAUGAUUACUCUACUGAUGAGCCAGCAGCUAUAGCCGGUAACGAGGGUGUCUUUGAGGUUGUUUAUUUACCCCCAAGUAGUUCCAAUGGCGAUUUAAAAUUGGGAGACCGAGUUAUCCCAUUGCAGGCGAACCAAGGAACUUGGUCCAAUUACCGAGUUUUCUCUAGUAGUUCUGAAUUGAUCAAAGUGAAUGAUUUGGAUUUGUUCUCUGCAGCAACGGUAUCCGUCAAUGGCUGUACCGGUUUUCAACUAGUUUCAGACUAUAUUGAUUGGAACAGUGGUGGUAAUGAAUGGAUUAUCCAAAAUGCAGGUACAUCUGGUGUUUCAAAGAUAGUCUCGCAAGUAGCAAAAGCGAAAGGAAUUAAUACACUAAGUGUUAUUCGUGAUCGUGAUAAUUUCGAUGAGGUGGCCAAGGUUUUGGAAGAUAAAUAUGGCGCUACGAAGGUCAUCUCCGAAUCACAAAACAACAACAAGACGUUUGCCAAAGAAGUAUUGACCAAGGUUUUGGGAGAAAACGCGAGGGUGAGACUGGCUUUGAAUUCUGUCGGAGGUAAAUCCAGUGCUUCGAUUGCUCGUAAGUUAGAGAAAAACGCCCUAAUGCUCACUUAUGGAGGAAUGUCAAAACAACCUGUAACACUACCAACAUCUUUACAUAUCUUCAAAGGUUUGACCUCCAAAGGUUACUGGGUAACUGAAAAGAACAAGGAAAACCCCCAAAGUAAAAUUGACACCAUCAACAAUUUCAUUGAAAUGUAUAACGCUGGUCAAAUUAUUUCUCCUAAGGAUGAAAUUGAAACUCUGACCUGGAACACUAAUACCACUACUGAUGAGCAGUUAUUGGAACUAAUCAAAAAGGGUAUAACUGGGAAGGGGAAGAAAAAAUUGGUUGUACUGGAAUGGUAG